AUGCAGCUUCUCUAUGAUUUGGCCGAAAAACUUGGCGCUGCUGUUGGUGCUACUCGUGCUGCUGUUGAUGCUGGGUUUAUCUCAAACGAUCUUCAGAUUGGACAAACUGGCAAAAUUGUUGCCCCUGAACUAUACAUUGCCGUUGGAAUCAGUGGUGCUAUUCAACAUGUAGCUGGAAUGAAAGAUAGCAAAAUGAUAGUUGCAAUCAAUAAGGAUCCUGAUGCACCAAUAUUUCAGGUAACUAUAUGGUUAUUGGUUUAUGUAUAA